UUUCAACGAACGUCGAACAGUACUUUACUAUAUACUUUCGUAGUUACGUGUUACGUCUUUCGUAGUGUCCGCGCCGUACUGAAUAGUAAAUACAGUCGUUAAAAUUUCGACAGUUCGAAGGUCGUAGACCGUAGUUACGAUUGAUGUUUGAACGGUUCUAACUCUAAACUCGUAGUUCGUACUUCGUAACCGUCAUACGCUUUAACAUGACCAUCAUAAUAAUUAAUUAUGACGACAGAUCAAUAGAUUUUAGAGUUUUCAGCUACGUUUUGGCGAGCUCCAUUUGCUAUUAGCAUCCAGUCGAGUGCUUUCACUUUGAACUAAUUCUCCCAGCCUUGCCGUAUGAUAAUUUUUUUUUUAUCAAACAAUAAACAUCAGUAGAAUAUUAAAUUAUAUUUCAUAUAUGUCCAGCGAACUCUACUCGCCACUAUGGACGAAAUCGGACUCGUCGCCUCUCCUAUACUUGAGGAAACAUUUUAUGCAUUGUCCAGGAAGCAGUACACAUACAAGGUGUCGCUGACGAAUGAAGGUCUGCAUCUAACCAAGAAUUGUGAUGACGGCACUGAGAAGACCGACCUGAUACACAUUCGUGAUAUAAUUGGCUGUAAGUGCAUGCGAAAUACUGGCAAGUCCGGCCACUGUGCCUGUCGUCCGGCUAAAGGAGGCACAGUGGAAUCUGCCAGAGAAGCCACAACAGAAACCGACGAGUGUCAAGUGCGAGUGCCAUAUGUGGAGGCCGGUGAUUGCAGUGCUUACCUAUGUGUCUACGCUUUCGUGCUGAAAAAUGUUGGGGCUAAAAACGAAAAGCGUGACAAGAUGACCGUUACAUUGAGGUUCCGCAACUGCAGCAGUUAUGAUGAGAACAGCCGGGUAGCGGCCAAGUGGAAAUCGGCCAUAAAAUCACUACUGCAAGCCAGAUGCGAGGAUGGGACUAUUGUUGCACCAUCAGAUGAUUAUUACCUAGGUAACCAUUUAUUAGUAAUUGUGAACCCAAAAAGUGGUGUUGGAAAAUCACGUGAAAUAUUUCAACGUAAAAUAGUACCUAUUUUAAAUAUGGCUGAUGUUGACUACGAUUUGCAUAUUACAUGCAUGCAAAAUGAUGCUAGGAACUUGAUGAGAACGAGUAACAUCUAUAAAUGGGGCCGUGGUGUGGUAGUACUUGGCGGUGAUGGGCUAAUGUUCGAAGUGAUUAACGGCCUCAUGGAACGGUCGGACUGGCAGAGGGCCUUCGAGUACCUGACUCUAGCUGUCAUACCCGGUGGUUCCGGCAAUGGGAUGGCCAAGUCGAUAAGUUUCGAGACCAACGAACCCUACAAUCCGGAUCCCAUACUCAUAUCGGCGCUAAACAUCGUCGGCGGUAACAGGUGUCCAAUGGAUCUCGUUAGAGUCGAGACUCUUACACAAGUCGUAUACUCUUUUUUGUCGAUCGGUUGGGGUUUUAUUGCUGACAUUGAUAUAGAGAGUGAGAGAAUUAGGAUGUUAGGUAGCCCCAGGUUUACUAUAUGGAGUAUUGCCAGACUUAUUGGUCUGAGGAGUUAUCCCGCCCGGUUGUCGUAUUCAAAAAUCAACGAUCUGGAAACCGAAACGAGAAUGAACAAUUACGCGAGAGGGACGUCAGGCGAUUUUCAAGAGGUCGCCGACGAUGAACCGGUGUCGAUCGAAUUUGGAAUGGACCCGUUAGAGGGAUUUGGUACACGCGAGCGGGUCGAGAGUUUUUCAUCGAUAAUAUCCAAGCGCACGGCGUUCAUGUCUGUCAACGAAGCUCCAAGCUUCUCAUCAAUACCAGACGUGAUCGAGGGAUCCGAAGUUUGGGUGCGGGGACCUCUAUCUAAACUACCUCCGCUUUCUGAUCCAGUUCCGUCGGACUGGAUAGUCAUUGAAGACGAGUUCGUAAUGAUACAUGCUUCGUAUCUAUCUCACAUAAGCGAAGACGUAAUAAUAGCACCCAAAUCGAAAUUGAACGACGGUGUAAUUUGGCUGUUGGUUAUUAAAAAUGGAAUAUCCAGAACGACUUUUCUACAAUUUUUGUUGGGCCUGUCGUCUGGAAACCACUUGGCCGUACCCAACGUAGAAAUGAUCCCUGUGCGAGCAUUCCGGCUAGAACCACUAUCACAAGGUAGUCACCUGGUUGUAGACGGUGAACUGCUGAAGCACAGUCCGGUACAAGCGGAAAUCAUGCCCGGUAUCGCCAAUGUGUAAGCACGGCAAAAGUUCUCCUGAUGCCUCAUCUCGAGCAUUUACAGUCAAACACGACACAAGAGUGAUGAAUACAUUAUUUAUGCUAAUGUAGCUUAUGUAAUUUAUUAUUUGUUUUUAUUUUUUAAAUUCAGAGAAAGUUUAUCAAUAUUGUUACCUCGCUCGUAUAUUAUAUAGAGUUGUUGUUUUGCCUCUUUAAUUACUUGAGAGGCAUAUUUAUAUUUAAUUUAUUAUCAUUAUUAUUUAAUAUUAUUAAUAUUUAUUUUUAAUUAUUCAUUCUAUCGCUACCAGCGACGUUACCAUAAUAAUAAUAUAAUAUUAUGUUUUUUCUCUUUAUAAUAUCCUCGUGUUAUGGGACCAUUUGUUUAUUAAGUCAAUAGGUUGUUAAAUAAUGAAUUAUAAUUAUUAAGGUCAAAAAAAAAAAAUAAUAAUAAUUAACAUACAGUCAUAAACACAUAUUACUGUCUCGGUAAAUGAAUAAAUUUGUGAUUUUCCUUUGCUCAAUCUUCAUUGUAUCCAGGCUUUGAACUGAAUAUUUUACAGUACAAGCAUGUCACACAUCAACUAAUAUUAUUAUUUUUAUAUUGUAAUAACUAAUUUAUACAUAAAAAUAAAAAUAUAGGAUGGAUAUUUGGUGUUAUGAACAAACACUGUAUAGAAUAUGAAGACAUUUUUUCUUAAAGACAUGUUAAAGUGAGGGCCUUCUCAUCCGUCCUUGAUUGUGCCUAAUCAAGAAUAAUAGAGUUAUUCAUUUUUACUCUACAAUUAAAAGUCAAUUACAUAUGUCUAACAUUGUGAUUUUACUUUUUGUAUUACUAUUAAGUUUAAAAAUAAUAAUAAUAAAGUUACCAUGAAUUUAA